UUUGCAUCCAUCUGCAUCCAUCUGCGUCCAUCUGCAUCCAUUGCGUCCGUUGGCAUCGGCCUGUCCAUUCCUGCACUGUCUUCGCGCUUGCUGCUGGCGGCCCUUUGCUCCCCACCGUCCUACCAAGUUCGACAGGAUGCUGCCUUCCUUGGGCGUGCUGCUGUCUUCACCAGCAAUGCACACCGCCCUGUCGCUGUUCCUCCUGCUGCUCUCCUUUGCUCUCUCUGCCAACGCCCAGGGCGCUUUCCACGGGAGCGGCGGCGAUGAUAUCCAGCCCGACACCCCGACAUUCAAGCUCACCGUAUCACCUGAUUCGAGCCUCAAUAGCACUUGCUUUGUCGAUCCCCGGGGAUCAUAUACCUCUUCUUCAGCCAGCGGCGAUGUCUGGAUAUGGAGCCAGCGCCAAUUGAAGGUGCAGUGGGGCUGGCCGUUCACCAACGCUCAGGGCGCCCAGACGUUCAUCAACUUUUAUUUCCAGUGCUCCCAUAACGUCUCCAUCCGAUGGAACAGCGAUCCAAUCUCGGCCAGCCUGGUGCUUUAUCAGAACACCAUUCCGAACCUUGCCCCAAACACCACCUGCAUCCUGCUCGGCGAACUUGCUCAGGUCGCCCCGGGCCUCCAGCUCUCCAACCUGAGCUCCCCGGCCCUCCACAUUGCCUACCCGAACGAUUAUUGCCCGCCUCCACCCCCGCCGUUCUCCCUCCCGCUCUGGGCUACCCUCACGAUCAUCGGCUCCGUGGUCGUCUUGGCCCUCGGUACUUCCGUCAUAAUCUACGUGAGGCAGAAGCGGCGCAAGUAUGAUCUUGAGCGAGGCAAGCAGUGGGUCUUUGGGCCACACUCUCCCGAAUCCGUCCGCGAGCGAAAGCGCCAGAGAAAUGUCUUCCGUCGCGCUCUGCGCACCAUCCAGCCUUCGUCAAAGCCCAGCGACGACUCCACCACGACCAUCCAAACGUACUCGCAGCCCCACCAGACAACCAACCCCCAGCAGCGCCAGAUCUUGAUCGAGGGCGCGCCUCCACACGGCACCGGCGGCUCGUCGAAAUGGAUUGCUCCGGAGGAGUGCGGCCGCGAGUUUGUCGUCGUCAUUGCGCACCAGGCCCAGGACGAGACCGAGCUGGAUGUCCAACGCGGCGACGUCGUUUCCACGCUGCAGUACUUUGAAGAUGGAUGGGUCCAGGUAAAGCUGAAGCGGCGACCACCUCCGGCACAGCCUUUGCAGCCCAGCCAAGGUCCAAACCAGCCUGACCUGUUCAAGGAGCGCCGAAAGUUCACCUUCAGCCUGGGUGAUGCUCUGAAGUUCCUUCGCCCUAAGCCCAAGGUCCAGGAUACCGGCCUGGUCCCAUACCACUGCCUGAUGCUGCGCGGACUCCCAUCUGCGGCAUUCAAGAAGCCCAAGAAGCCCAAGAAGAAGCCCACAGCCUCGCCUCCCCCUGUGGUCGGCGUCGUUUACGAUGUCCCCAUCCCAUCAAAACCAAAGCCUCAUCCAGAUGACAGCAUCCCGGACUCGGCAUGCCAAAUCGAUACGACGUCUUCGUCUGCGGGCGGCUCGGACAGCUCCCGCCGCAUAUCUGUGGAGGCAUGAUCGUCAUGCCCACUGAGCCGCUUACCGGCCCGGUCGUCUUGGCCGCCACGAUAGCGGGUGGAUGGAUCGAUUUGUGGAGCUGUGUUGUAUUCAUUCCGCCCCUGGCAACCCUGCAUGACCGUUUGCACAGCCAAGCCCGCCGAGCCCAUUGGUCGUGCCA